AGUAUCAAGCACAAUAAUGGCGAAGCAAAUAAAGACAGUGCUGAUAGACCUCAGUGGAACGUUGCAUAUCGAUAAUACGGCUAUUCCGGGUGCUGUGCAAGCUUUAAAUAGGUUACGGAAUGCAAAUCUGUCGAUCAAAUUCGUCACCAACACCACCAAGGAGUCGAGUAAUUACUUGUACGAACGUCUCACGAAGCUUGGAUUCAACUUGCGGAAAGAGGAAAUGUUCAGCUCUCUAGCGGCGGCGAGGAGAUUAAUUGUCUCUCGGCGACUGAAGCCGAUGCUGUUAAUUGACCCGGCGGCUAUGGAGGAUUUUCAAGAUUUAGUUACGGACGAUACACCUGACACUGUGGUGAUUGGCUUGGCGCCGAGCAAAUUCAACUAUGACGAGCUGAACAAAGCGUUCAGAUUGCUUUUGAACGGUGCUUCCCUCAUAGCCAUUCACGAAGGACGAUAUUACAAGCGCCCCGAUGGUCUGGCUCUAGGUCCCGGGGCGUUCAUCAAAGGAUUGGAAUAUUCCAGCAAUGUAAAAGCAGAAGUUGUUGGUAAACCGACCAUAGGAUUUUUCAAGGCAGCUUUAGGAGAGACGGAUCCAGCUCGUGCUGUAAUGAUUGGAGAUGACGUAAGAGAUGACGUAGCUGGUGCACAGGCGGCUGGAAUUAAAGGUAUUCUGGUACAAACUGGCAAGUACAGAGCAGGGGACGAGUGUACGAUUGCGCCGGGACCGGCAAAAGUGUGCGCCUCUUUUGUAGAAGCUGUCGAGAGUAUUCUCAGUGAAAGUGUUUAACGAAAUUACCAAGUGUGUAAAUAGCAAUAGAGUUCUUUAUUCAAAUAUCGCUGCGCGAUGCAAUCUGUUUUCUAUAUUAAAUUAUAUUUUAUAUAAA